AUGGCGGAAAAGGAGAGCCAGCUUGAAGAAUUUGAGCAAGCAGAUUUUUUACGAGAUAGACAUGUACGGUUCUUCCAGAGAACACUCCAGGUGUUACCUGAGAGAUACGCCUCGCUGGAAACAACCAGGUUAACGAUCACAUUCUUCGCCCUGUCGGGUCUCGAUGUGCUGGACGCUCUGGAUGUGAUCGACAGGAGCACCAUGAUCGAGUGGAUCUACUCUCUACAGGUUCUGCCCACAGAGGACCGAGCUAACCUGAGUCAUUGUGGUUUUCGCGGAUCGUCACAUAUUGGAAUUCCUUACAGCACUAAGGGUCCAGGUGUGCUCCAUCCAUACGACAGUGGCCAUGUAGCCAUGACCUACACUGGGCUGUGCUCGCUGCUAAUACUCGGAGAUGACUUGAGCCGUGUGAACAAGCAGGCCUGUCUGGCUGGUCUCAGAGCUCUGCAGCUGGAGGACGGCAGUUUCUACGCAGUGCCAGAAGGAAGUGAAAAUGACAUCCGGUUUAUCUACUGCGCAGCCAGUAUCUGUUACAUCCUGGAUGACUGGUCAGGCAUGGACAUCCAAAAGGCUAUUGAGUACAUCAGAGGAAGUUUGUCAUACGACAGUGGCUUUGGCCAGGGAGCCGGGCGAGAGUCACAUGGCGGCUGGACGUACUGCGCCAUCGCCUCUCUGUGUCUCAUGGGUCGACUGGAGGAGGCGCUGAGUCAGCGGGAGCUGGACAGGAUCCGGCGCUGGUGUGUCAUGAGGCAGCAGAGCGGCUUCCACGGUCGCCCCAACAAACCCGUAGACACAUGCUACUCCUUUUGGGUGGGAGCCACGCUCGAGCUCUUAGAUGUGUUCCAGUAUACAAACUUUGACACGAACAGGCACUUCAUUCUGUCCACACAGGAUCGGCUGGUGGGAGGAUUUGCCAAGUGGCCCGACAGCCAUCCAGACCCUCUCCACGCCUACUUAGGGCUGUGUGGUUUGUCUCUAAUCGGAGAGCCCGGUUUGAGGAAGGUCCACCCAGCGCUCAACAUCACCCAGAGGGCCUUUCAGCACGUCCAGCAGCUGCAGCAGGCAUGGAGGGGCAGCGCCGGCAGCUGUAGCCGACAGCACUGACAGCAGGAAGAUCCACAGCUCUGUUUCUGGACAGGUUCAGCAAUCGGGAACAUCUAACGGGAGUCGGUCAAAGGCAACUGGACUUUUGCCGUGUGUCUCGAAGACGUUCGGCCAUCCAUCUAAGAAGCCUCCUAAUUACAGAAAUUGUGACGGUUUUUAAGUCCCCAGUUACACAGUAACUUUUGGGGAGCUCAUUUUAAGUCCAUCUACAGUGACCUUUUGUGUUAAGCAAUAUACGGCACUUUUUUUUUUUUUUUUGCUGCCUUAUUAUUAUUCGACUGUAGUUAGUAACAUUGUGUUUUGUGGUGAUGAUGAAAUGAUGUGCCAGAAAAGUCAAAUUUGAGACACUGGAGAUGCCUCAGGCGCCUCAAUUUUGCAGACUUUUUAGAUGUAGCUUCGGAGGCUUCCUGCUCCUCGUCGUAAUAAACAAAACAAUCUGCUGUCGAUCUUCCAAGCCAAGGAGGAACUGACCGCUUCACAUGGACAUAAGGAAACGUCCACAACGUUAUUCACCGAGACCCCGAGGAAGGCUGAAGGGGCGUCCAGCGUGUGUCUUUAGGUGGUUCUGCAUUAACUGGUGGCUUCAGUAGCUAGACGGUUUUCCAGUGGGCUGGUGCAAUUUUUACGUGAAUCAAGUAGAUGUGCAUUUGCCAUCUCUGAAUAAUGUCUGUGUAUUGCAAAGAUAUGGUGUUUGAGUUCUUCAUUUUUGUUUACAAACCAGUAUGAGCCCAAUGGUAAUUUUGGGGGUGACAUUUGAGUCUUUUCUUUUGAUUCAACAACCCUACAUCCUCCGACGGAAAAAAAACACCCCACGGCCCAACUCUCCCAGUAGCGUAUUUAUUUGCCUCUCUGACCCUCUCCAUCUCCAUCCUCGCGUUGCUCUUGAACCUCUUGAAAGCCUCGAGCCCUCCAGUCCCGAAGGUGAUCGCAGCCUGGCAGGGAAACCGUUUCGCCUCUACCGGCUCUGUUUAGUGAUCCCAAGAGAUGUCGGUGAUAAUGGAUCUGCUUCAUAGAAAAGGCAGCCAACAACCACCCCAACAGGCAAAUGAUGAAAGGGAAAUAACAACAAUAAAGUUCUGCUUUUUUCAAGAGUCUCACAGAAACAGAAACCGGGCCUGAAGAAAAGGGCGUAAUCCCGUCUUUCCCACAAGGUAGUAGCUUUCAAUUUUAGCACCCUGACCCGAUCCGAGCUGCCCUCCGUCACCACCGUCCAGCCUCCCUGCAGCCAGUCUCAAAUCAAUGGGAGAAAGACGUGGCAUCGUAACUUGUGGGAAAUGUAUUCUUUUGAACUGCGCUGGGAAUUGACAUCUUGUUUUCAGAAACAGAAAGCACGGAGGGCAAAAACAGAACAAUGCACACGAGCAGAAUGUGCCUGAGAGAGUCGGGUUAUAGAAACGACUGUUAUCCAACACACAACGCAUUCCUUGGAGUCCUAAAACGCCACCUGCGACUCGCAACGGACCGUCCAGCCUUCGUGCUCUUGAGCUCCGCUACAUAUUGGAGAUGUAUUGUUUUUUAAAUCCCAAUGAGAUCCUAACAUGGCGACAGCUUUGGCUUUAGCUGCUCCUCCUGCCUUCGCAUCACAUCAAAGCUCAGAUUCCCAGUUGGGGACAUUCCCAGUACCACAGGUUCCUGCCGAAGCCACGCCCGGCCAUCACAGGACGCUGUCGCAGCCGGCACCUGCUGCCUCAGGUGAUGGCGGCGAGGAGGGGCCGCGCUCCUGACUAGAUUUGAAAAUAUAUAUAUAUAUAUCGCCUCUUUGGGUUUUCCUUCUGGUGUUCAAAAUGAAGUUGUAUUUGGCCUCGUCGCCUUUCUUGCCAAGUUGCCUUUUAAAUCUUUGUUUGCAGAUUUAGAAACCGAGCAGGCAGACAGAGGAAAGGAGAUAGGAGGAGAGGUGAAUAAAUAAAUAAAUAAUUUGAUUCAUCCAUUAUUAAAAGUGAACUGGAGUCUCCUCUCUGACACCCCCCCCCCCCCCCGGAUGUUGUAACGCCUUAUUUUGGUGCAAACUUUUGCUUUAUAGCCAACUGCAUCGUUUAUUGCUGUAUUGUUUGAUAUUGCUGGUUUGCCAAAGUCAAUACUCUUUGCCGCAGUAACUCUUGUCGACUUUUCUUCUGCCUUUUUUUUUAUACAUGCAUUUAGUUAGUUAUCAUAACAUAUGUUUUAUUUCUUUUUGGGGGGGAAAGGCAAGCUAUGACUUCCAUGCACCUGCUAAAUUGAGUUACGAUACAAGCUCAAUAAAAAAAGCGUCUUAAUUAUUCAA